GCAGUCACAUAGACACACACAUGCACAUGCACGUGGGAUGUGAUCUGAUUUGUGACUUCAUUGAACCAGCCACAUUUCCUUGGCCAGGCAUGGCUGGACUGCACAAGGCCCUCAGCCCAACUCCAGGGAGACCGUGGCUAUUCCCUGGGAGCCUGUGGACCCCACCUGCGAGAUGUCGUCUUUUGGUUGCUGGGGCCUGCCCGCGGCACUUCUCACUCUGCUCUGCUGCCCAGGAUCUGGUGAGGUGAUGUUUGAGGUACACAUGUGGCCAGAGAGGUUGGCGGUUGAGAUCACAGGGUCUUUGGAAGUCAACUGUAGCACCAGCUGUCCCAAUCCAGACACCGGUGGACUGGAGACAUCCCUGAACAAGAUUCUGCUGGAACAGCACCCUCAGUGGCGCCGGUUCCUCAUCUCCAAUGUCACCCAGGACUCCAUCCUCUCCUGCCACUUCACCUGUUCUGAGAAGCAGAAGUCCAGGAACCUCAAUGUCACUGUGUAUCAACUUCCAACGCAGGUCGUACUGAAGCUGCAGCCCACGCGGGUGGUGGUGGGCAAACCCUUCACCAUUGAGUGCAGUGUGCCUGCUGUGAAGCCCCUCCAGAGCCUCACCCUCACCCUGUUUCAUGGCAAGGAGACGCUUCAGAAGCAGACCUUUAGGGAGGCAGCACCUGUCCUACAAGAGGCCACCGUCACCUUCAACAGCACAGCUCAUAGAGAGGAUGGUCUCCUCAACUUCUCCUGCCAGGCUGAGCUGGACCUGCGGGCUCACGGGGGGCGCAUCUUUCACAGCAUGUCAGAGCCCCAGAUCCUUGAGAUCUAUGAGCCUGUGCAGGACAACCAGAUGCUCAUCGUCAUCACUGCUGUGUCAGUUCUGCUGUUCUUGUUUGUGACAUCCAUCCUGCUCUGCUUCAUUUUCGGCCAGCACUUGCACCAGAGGCGGACGGGCACCUACGGGGUGCUAGCUGCCUGGAGGAGGCUGCCCCGGGCCUUUCGAGCACAUCCUGUGUGACCUCAUGGCCACCACCCGGGCCUUUCCAGCACAUCCUGUGUGACCUCAUGGCCACCACCGUGGUGGUGGCUAGAACUCAGCUGGCUUCUCAAGGUGUGGUCUAGCCUUCACUGAAGGACUGUGACAGCACAGAACUCAGAACAUUUUCUUUUCUAGCCUGAAUACAAUCAU